AUGAUGAAAAAGCAAAUUGUGUUCACCCUGAUGAUUGUGAUAUCAUCUAUACAUUGUGAUAUACUUGAUAUGACAUAUACUUUGAAUGAAGAUGCAGUCUAUAUAGCUUCUUUGAUGAAAUUCAAUCUGACAAAUGUGGUGAAUGGAACAUUUGAGGAUGCACCAUAUUUUUACUCAAAUAACUUGGAAAUAUCCGAACAUGUUGGAACACACAUCGACGCCCCUGUAAAUUUUGCACCUACGGGUAAAAUGGUACAUGAACUAACACUGCCAGAGCUCCAUGGUCCAGCUGUUGUUAUAGACAUUCGUAAAAAGGCAGAAAAAGACCCCAAUGCAUUAUUAGACACUGAAGACAUACAUGCAUGGGAGCAUAAAUUUGGUGAAAUUCCCAAAGGAGCUGUAAUUGUACUGUAUUCAGGAUGGGGUCAAUAUUGGGGUAAUGCAGAUGCAUAUGUUGGACCUAACAGAACUGAUGAUGGAAGACUGGGUUUUUGGUCCCCUGGUUUAAAUCCUGAUACUGUCUACUGGUUGUUAAAACACAGAAAUGUGAAAGGGUUUGUUGUGGAUGGAGUAAGCUGUGAAAGUGGGAAAAACAAAGGGACAUACAUAGCCCAUCGUGCCAUGUUGGAAAAUGAUAAAUGGUGUGUUGAGAAUGCAGCUAAUGUUGACAAACUCCCUCAACAAGGAAGUGAAAUAUAUGUUAUGCCAGUAAAGAUCGAGAAUGGAGGUGGGGGUCCUGUGAGAAUGUUCGCAAU